AGCUUUGUGAGGUUUGCGUGCGCUGCGGACUUGGCUGCCUUGGAAGGAAGGAAAGAAGAAAGAACAUCUUUCUCCAAUCAGCGCACAUCAUGGCCAUGGAGUGCAUCAAAAACUGCUGCCAGACCCUCGUGAAGACGCGAGGGAAGGAUGAUGAGGCCACUCCUCCAGGCAUCGCCGUCAAACUCGGGGUCCCGGAAGACUACCUCCUGUCCAAGCUGCCCCCUGACGGCAAGGAGGUGCCCUUUGUCCUGCCCACGCUUAAAGCCUCCUACGUGCAGCCAGGAGUUUCCUCCCACCUCCGGCAUGGGAUGCCAGGUCCUGUCCGCUGCACGUACGCUCAGAGGAAGGCCGAGCUGCUGGACGCCGCCACUCCAUUGGCCUACAGCUCAGAGUCCAACCUGCUGGUGGGUCACCGGCCUGGGGGGGACGCCAGGAGGAGGAGGACACGCUCCCCAGACGAUCCUCGAUGCCUGAGCACGUCCAUGUUUGAGCUGAGCAGCCCCGACUGUCGUCACCUGCAGGGCUUUGAGUCCGUAUCCAGCGUGGCCAGCACGCCCUCCUCCAUCAUGGACUCCUACCAGGGCAGCGCAGAGUGUGUCCCUCAUCUGGGAAGACUUUGUUUGCGACUGAGCUACCAGCAGGAGGUGGAACAGGUGUGGAUCACCCUGGUGCAGUGUUCAGAAGUCAAGCUUCCCGAGGACAGCGCGCCGAGGCCAAAGAUCCGAAUCCAUGGAACCAUCAGCAUUCCCAAAGCGGUGCACUUCAAGAGCUCCAUCAAGGAAUACUGGCAGCACGUGUCCUUCAUGGAGACCUUUGUGUUUGCGCUGAGCCUCCAGGCGCUGCGAUGCAGCGCCCUGGUCCUACGGCUGCGGACACACGGCCCCAGAAAACGCACACUGGCUGAGGGCGUCCUCCCGCUCCGUCAGCUGGGCCAUGAGGAGACGGAACACUGGCUGCACCUCGGCGCGCCGUGCAAGUCCUCUGUGGCCGCCUGCGAGCUUCACGUGGUCACCUGCUUUCAGCCCGCCUGCAGACGCGUGCAAGUCCAAGUCCUCUCCGCCCAAAACCUGCCGCCGUGCUCGGCACCUCUCCCUCCAGCCUAUGUGGCCACGCUGGAGCUUCACCAGGUGAACGAUCAGGUGACCAAGAAGAAGACGCGAGCCCUCAAGGCCAGUGGGGGGCAGUGUCAGUGGGCGGAGACCUUCCACUUCCCCGUGGCUGCCUUAGACCCCACCUGCUGGCUAUCAAUCAAACUCUACAGCUACAACUCCGUCAAGAGGAAGCAGUGUCUGGGACAGGUCCAGCUGGGACUGCAGAGUGCGAGUCCCAACGCUGUGGAUCAGUGGAAGGACGCCAUGGCUCACCCUGAGAAGAUGGUGUCGGCGUGGCAUCACGUGACCUAACGGGACUUGAAAAGUGGACAACAAGGUCUCUGGCGUGAGACUUGCGGCAGGUCAGACUAUGUGAAGACCUUCUGGAGGAUUGAUGGAUUGUUUAGUUUCUUUGUUUUUUGUUUUGUUUUUUUAAGUAAAGAAACAUUUCAGCAACAUCGUAGCUUGAAGGUAAAAGUAGUAUUGUCAUUUAUUCAACCAUAAGAAGACAGUUUGUAGCACUUUUAUUUUUGAUUGCGUCUCUGCAAUAAAUCUAGGCGUGGUUAGGUUUGUGUAUUCCUUGAUGGCUUUGUCGUGACGGGAAGCGUUAGUCACGCGGCCAUAAAGGGACUGGCUCGUAAACUAGGUCAACACGUGGAAAAUGGCGCUGCGGCGAAAGAGGUCGCUGAUUAAGAGCAGAAAAACAUCCCCCCUGCCUGUGGAGAACAUCUUGUGUUGGAUUCCAUGAAAGCCACAAUUUCACUGCCAAUUUCAGCCUCAUUUCACCCUCUUACCCUCCUCGACGUCGCUUUGGCCGUAAAAGCUUUGGAAAAUGGCUGCCAAUCAUUUCCUCGCGGACGACGACGUCACGUGCUUCCCGGCGUGUCGACCUCAGCCAAACACCACCUCCGCUUUUUGGCCUUCAACUGCAGAGUCUUCGCUUCUAACAGAGAUGUAGAGGAGCCGUGAACGAGCCGUUCAAAUCCGCAGAGUAUUUUUACUGAAUGGGGGCUCGGUUGACUCGUUCAAUCAGCUCAUUCAAUCCCAGCCGUUGUUCAAAAGACGACCCCUUCAGUAGCGGCCAUUUGAGACGAUGUUGACUGAUCUUUCAAGGCACACAGAAUAUGGUAUUCAAUGGCUAUGUAAACAUGGAACCUACCAAAAGAAAAAUUGGACUCCCGUUUUUCAUCAGAAAAAAAAAGCUUGUUUCUACCUUUUUCCGUUCUUUAGUCAUCAUCAGAAGAACAUAGGUAAGUUUCAGGAAAAUAUCAGUUCUCCACGAAAACAGCGUUUUGUGAAAAGAUACAUUUCACUUUGACACAAAUAUUUUUGCUACACCACAACAUAAACACAAAAAAUACAUCAAAAUAACAGUUUGUCUACAAAUGUAACACCAUGAAGUGUUUACAAUUUUCACAUUUGGAACUGAACUGUGCGCGUGUAGCUGUGUGCACGCGUAACCUUAUACACUCGUCCACGCUCUCUCACUUUCUCCUUCCUGACGUGCGAGUUUUCCGUCCACAUGAUCCCUGCCGAGCUCUCUAUCAAAGGCACUUCUGCCACCUUGUGGCCGUUUUUGUGGCUUAAAAGUGCUGUGAAUUGAAAUGCAUUAGUUGCGAGUUGCGUCAUCACCUGUUUUUGCCUCUCGUACAAAAAACCCCGUAAAAGACGUAUAAAUACGUUGUUGGGAUCGGGCUUUCGGAUUUAGAAAAACGUAUAAAUAUGUCUUUGGGAUUGAAUGAGUUCAAAAGAGAAGCAGGUAACACAAAUGAAGUUUCCCAAAGUGUCAAUGACACGUGUGGUGCCCCCUGUGGGUUGUGGGGAAAAUGUUUUUUUUGUGUGUGUAAUUGUAUUAUUGUUGUGUUAUUUAAAGAAUAACUUAAUAUUAUGAGAAAAAAAAUAACGCCAUUUUAGUAGCAUAACUAUUAAAGAAAAAUGUUUUUUAAAGUUGUAAUAAUAUGAGGGAAAAAAAAAAAGCUGUUGGGUUGGAGAAAAAAUUAUAAUAUUACGGAAGUAAAAUAAAAAUAUUAUGGCAAUAAAGUCAUAAUAUUACGAGAAGUAAAUUUACAAGGAUUUUUUAAAGAAUAAAGUUGAAAUAUAUUUUUUUAACUGCAAAAACUGUGCGGUUCCAUUAUCAACCCCUCGCUCAUUCAUGGUUUUGCCGAAAAAAUUACUUAAAUGAUAGCUGUUUGGUGGUAUACUAUGGUCUAUGAUUAGUCAAAACGUAUGGAAAUACAAGUAUAGUAUUGUGGUCACUAGGCAGCAGUACAUGACAUUACCUUAACACUGCAGGAAGUCAUGAAGUCAGUCAUGGCAUGUCCCACAUAACAGUGAAAAAAGUUAGCCUCCCAUCCUGUGUGGAAGUGGUAUCUUUUUGACUUCUUAAAUAAAUUUGAGGCUAACUGGUUAGCUCGCUAGCUAGCAGCCGUCUCCAGUCCCUGCAGCAAGAGAGCAAUGUGGUGUAAACAAUGCAUAACAGGAGUGUAAAGGUGACUAUAGUGGUGUUAUUUCAUGUCUACAGGGCUCUAAUCUUGGUAAAAGUUGUAUUUACAAAGUCAUAAACAGGUUUUCUGUGCUCUUACUACCAAAAGAUUCGGUUUGUUAACAUUGAAUCCGACAUUGGGGGAAUGGGCUUUUUCAACUGUGUGACAAAGCUGAGAUGCAGCUUUUUAUUGGUCUAUAUGUAACGGAGUGUAGAUGUGCUAUGAUAAAUGAUUGCAGAAGUGUUGCAACAGCGCCUGUUACUGGUGAAUACUGGCAUGUGCAAAUUGCUGCAGGAAGUGCUCAGAACUGUUAGCACUGUCCGGGAUAUUUGGUGAUUUAAUGUGUACUGUGUGUUUAGAUUUUGUCAUAUACAGUGUCAUGUGCAUUUGAUAGUGUUCACUAAUUGGAAUGAGCCAGACUGCACUUUUGAGUGAAGUUUUAUGGACUUUAAUGCAGUUUCUUUGUUGAACUAACUUGGAAUCAUUUAUGUGCAAUGUAGAUUAUCCCGUGACCAAAGUCGACGCUCACCUGUCAUUCCUCUGUAAAACUGUUGUUUCAGGACACACUGCCAUUAAAAGAAGUUCCUAAUCCACCUGACUGUAUUGAUGCAUUAAAGCGACAGCAUUGUGGAGCUGCAUUCCCCCACAUCAAGUUGUGGACCAUCACAUAUAUAUAACUUCUUAACUGCGAUAUAACUUCUGUUUGACAAAUUCAUUUUUCACCAUGAUACAAAAGCCAUUCAAGAUCCAGGUCCGUUUUGGAACUUUUAAAAACAAACACGUCAAAUAACCACAGAGAAGCAAGACAAUGUAUUCUUGUUUACUUUGCAGUGAACGGAUAUGCAACCCGCACUC